AUGGCGCCUUUCUCGCACCAGCAGGCCGCUGGUCCGAGCCGCUACAUCAGCACAUCAAAGGUCUCAAGCUCUCCCCCAACCAACGACAACGUCUCAACUCACGGUCGUGCCUCGUCUCUCACCUCACCCACACUGCUCCGCUCGCGCUUCUCACCCCGUCUCUCCCCGACCGCGUCCGCAGAUGCCAACAACCAGUCCAUCUUCGCUGCGCAACAGGACACGUACCCUUCCCCGGCCAACUCGCAAAACGGCAGGAACCUUCUCGCCGGAUGGGGAAGAAGAAAGAAGCGCGCCGAGAGCGUCCCCGAGGCUAGUGUUAUGACCGAGAAGCCGCUGCCGGCCGUGUCGACUCCCAUUGCUUCGCGCUUCGCUCACAAGGGCUCGGGCAACCAUAAGGCCUACAUUCCUCACUACUCCAAGCAUUCCGAGUCUCCCGAACACGCCAACAACAUUGGCCGUGAGAUGGUUCGCACACGGUCUCAAUCACCGAGCCUUCACAGCAGUCCAGGUGGAGCGGGUUUCAGUGUUCCCCGGUACAAUGCCAGAGGCUACCCCAUCCGCGACCCCAUUCCCGACAUCAAGAUCAUCACACCUCGAACGUCUGGCCAUGAAAGUCCCAAGGACACUUCCAUGCCAUCAACGCCCCAGAGGCCGUACAGUGGCCAGUCGUCUGAAAACGAGGACAACUCGCCCCGGAGACCUCAAUACCCGCCUUCGAGCUUUGUUAACCGCUCGUCUGGCGCCUCGUCCGAGAACUCCCCCCGACCAGGUAGACCCGACUCGGAUGCCAGCGACUACUCGUCGGACCAGGUUCAUAUGCCGUACGGCGCGGGCAUCUCGCCAGGAGUUAGCCUUUACGGCGCCGAUUCUGUGGCCAGCUUACCAACGCAUGAGACCUCGAUGAGCAACGUGCAGCUGGCAGGGAGGGAGCAGAGCUAUGCCGAGUACCUCCGCCAACACCACUACGAGUCCAGCCAGGGAGCGCACAGCAUGUACUACGAGAAGGGCUCGGAAGAAGAUCUGCGAAACUCGGGCUAUGGGCACUUUGGCUUCAAGAGAGAGGGCAAGCGUAUUGUUCUCAACUACGGCCUCGAGAACCCCGGCCUCUACGCCGCCAUGGGUCCAGAAGAUGACGACGACCUCCACAACCCAGCAACGUACCCCACCCACAAGACAGGCUUCUUCGGGUCGCUCUUGACGUUCCGCGGUUUCACAAACGUUGGCUGCCUCGCCCUCAUCACGCUCAUUCUCGUCGUGUUGUUCAUGGGCUAUCCCAUCAUCACCGAGUACACUCAGGGCCAUCAGACGACUAACGGUGCCUUCGGCCUGGGUGGCACCAACGCAACAGGGCAGGUGCCAGUCUUACGACAGCCUAUCGAUCCGGAUACGCCAGUCGAGGCUCAUAGCAAGGUUUCACUGGAAACUGGAGAAACUUGGGACCUCAUCUUCAGCGACGAGUUUAAUCACCCUGGGCGCUCGUUCAACCCUGGUGACGACCCCUACUGGGAGGCAGAGGACCUCCACUACUGGCCCACCAACAAUCUCGAGUGGUACCAGCCCAAGCGACUCACUACGCGCGAUGGCAGCCUCGUGAUCACUCUCACCAAGGAUCAGUAUAAUAGACGCAACUACACCGGCGGCAUGAUGAACACCUGGAAUAAGUUUUGUUUCACGGGCGGUUACAUCGAGGCUGCCGUGUCGCUGCCCGGCAAGUCGAAUGUCCAGGGACUCUGGCCGGCCAUUUGGACCAUGGGUAACCUCGGCCGCGCCGGCUACGGUGGGACGACCGACGGCAUGUGGCCUUACAGUUACGACAGCUGUGAUGUGGGGACGCUCAAGAACCAGUCGAUGCCCGACGGCACGCCGGAGGUGGCGUUCACCCAGGGCGACCCGAGUUACAACAUGACGUUGUCGUACCUCUCGGGCCAGCGUCUCUCCGCGUGCACUUGUCCCGGCGAAAAGAGCCACCCUGGCCCGACGCGCUCGGAUGGCUCGUAUGUCGGACGAGCCGCCCCGGAGAUCGACAUGUUCGAGGCCUCUGUCAGCGACGACAAGAUCGGUGAGGUGUCGUUGUCCGGCCAGUGGGCACCUUUCAACCCCUUCUAUGGAUGGAUCAACCAAACCGACCUCGUGACCGUCUACAACUCGACCCCAUCGCACUUCAACCAGUACCGCGGUAGUAUCUGGCAGCAGGCCACAUCGCUUCUUGCGCAGACCGACCAGGAGUGUUACACGCACGAGAAGGGAUGCUUCGAAGUCUUUGGCGUCGAGUGGAUGCCGAGCGAAGGGGACAAGAACGACGGAUACAUCUCGUGGCUCAGCGACGGCCGCAAAGCUUGGACUUUGCACGAGGGUGCGAUGGCCCCAAACACGCCCGCCGGUAUCGGACAGCGCAUCGUCUCCCGCGAACCGAUGUACAUGAUCGUCAACCUGGGUAUCUCGCCUAACUUUGGCUUCAUCGACUUUGAGGCCCUAGACCUACUCUGGCCCGUCGAGAUGCACGUCGACUACAUCCGCGUGUACCAGGAUCCCAAGAAGAGUAGACUUGGUUGCGACCCUGCCGAUUACCCCACUGCCGACUUUAUCGAAAAUCACAAGGUGGCCUUUACCAAUCCCAACAUCACAACGUUCGGACAGCUGCAGGAGGCCAUGCCCGGUCUCGAGUGGCCCAAGAACAGACUUGUAGACCAGUGCUGA